AUGGGGAAUGUGUUCAGUGCAUCGACUGACGCUGUAAACACUUCAACAGAACGUGAAAGAGACAGUGAAUUGAUGGAAGAUAUUAAUACAUUACAUGAUAACGAUGAAUCUGUGGAGGAACAAUUCCACGAUUCCAUCAGUGAUAACGAAGAAACUGUGAAUAGAAGACGAGAUGAAGAUAUGGAUGAAUUCAUUAGGCAAUUGGACACUAAACGUGAACAAAGAAGAGCAAUAUUAGACAGACAUAGAACAGAAAAGAAGAAUUUGGAAAAGCAAUUAAGCGAAGAAAAGCAAACACAUAUAAAUCUAUGUGAGCAAAAUAAAAUGCUUAGAGAAUUACUUGUGAAAAAUAAUAUUGAAAUUCCGGAAAAACUCGACUCUGCCGAUGAGGAUUCUUAUAUCGCAAGUUCUAUUUCUGACAUGAAGAAAGAAAUCGAAAGCUUAAAAUCAAACAACAACAUAUUACGUUGUGAUCUUGCUAAAUCUAACAACGCUCUACAAUCAGCGUAUUCAAAUAUCGCAGACUUAAGUGAACAGAAUACUGAAUCCAUUAAGCAAGUAAAAGCUCUUAAAGAAGUAAUAAAUGUCAGUAAGACGAUGAUAAAUCUUCGUGAGGAACAACUUAAUGAACUAAAAAAUAAACUCAGCGAAAUAGAACAAUCCUUGGCUGAUAGAGAGACGAGUGUGCUUUCUACUGAUUUACGAAAAGAAUACGAAAGGCAAUUGCAAAAUAUACGCACAUUACGUGGUCUGUAUGAAGAACGAGCCCGAUUGGCUGAAGUUACAAGACAAGCACUUGUAAGAGAAAAUGAAGAACACAAAGUACUUUUAGAAGUCGAAAUUAAUAAAUCUAAAAACCUAACAAGUAAAGUUGAAAAGCUGGAAUCUGAAGUAGCUACGUUAGGAGAGACAAUCGAAGAUAAAAAUAAUAUAAUAGCAUCUUGUCAAGAAGAAACAAGAGGUAUUAAAGCUGAAAUGUUAGCUGUUAAUAAGGUACUUUUAGGCUACAAGAAUAAACAAGAUUUAGAUAAACUAAUUUCUCGCCUUGAAGAAAAUCAUGGUAUCCUUACGCAUAUGGCUGGAAAAGAGAACAGUUCAGAAUUAUCAUCAGAGCUGCCAAAACUCCUGUUGGAAAUUGUGAGCCAAAUUGAAGAAAGUGAUAAUAAAAGUGUUGGCGAAAUUUCCGAAGAAGGAGAUGUAAUUUCUUCUCUCAAUACUACACCUGAGGAAAUAGUUCAAAACCUUCCAAAAGUCUGGCGAGUAUUAUCUGAAUUAUUAAGUCACCAAAGUGAAGCAGACAGCAAUACUUCAGAGAAGGUGACUACGUGUUACAAGUCGGUACAAACGAAGUCGGGUCCCGUACUUGUGCCAAGCGAUUUGAUACUCGAAAAGCUGGCGUUGAUUAAAGAAGUUAACAGAAUGAAGCAAUUAAAUACACAUCUAGAGUCACGUUUGGGUGAACAGGAGAAAAGGUUGUGUCUCGUUACUAAUGAGCUUAGUAAAACUUGGCAUGUUGUUGGAAGACUGCGACGUCAUCAUCAUCAGUUGCACACACAUGAAAAAAUUCUAAAAUAUGAAUUGCAACAAAAAAGAAAAUUACUUAACGAACUGAAAGAAGAACUCGAAUACUGUCGUGAAAAAUGGGAACAGGCGCGCGAAAAGAACACGCAGUCUGAAAAAGAUUGGAGGAAACUACGUACGGAAUUCUCAAACAGAAAACUAAAACCUGACCUACAGUCGUUAACUAACUCUGCUGAAAGUGGAUACAGUGACGAACGACCAUCCGAUGAAUCAUCAGAGUCAAACGAUGAAAGUGAAUACGCGGAACCGAAAGUAAAAUGUAAGAAGAAAUUUAAGAAAUCAUUCGAAACAAUAAUCGAUUCGAGUGCAGAUUUUAAUCUAGCAGAAAGAGAAGAUCCGGUAAGUGAUUUGCUUGAUGUAGCAGAGUUACCUCUCGAUACACACGAUGAAAACAUCGAUUGCGAAGCAUCAGAUUCAAUGAACAGCGAGAGUUUAUGUAAAGAGAAACUAUGCGAUGAAACAGAAGAUGAAAUUCCUGAUAUAGUUAACGAAUCUUGUUUAAAGUUAACAAAUGAUAUUGAUAGCGACAAAAAAGAUACUGCAUUAACUUCAGAACUGUCUAUUAAUAUUGAUGGAGCAAUUGAUCCCGCGCCAAAUAUACAUGAUAUAGAAAAACAUCAACAAAUCGAUCAGAAUAGAGUGAAUAUUGUUGAAGAAAGCCAUUUAGUGGAUAAGGUUAUUGAUGUUGAAGAUGAUAUGAUUAAUAUAAAUCUACCCUCGACGUCUCAAAACGUAGAUUUCCACAAUAAUGAUAACGAAAGAACACUAUCAGUUUCUACACAAAAUAUUGUAGAUACUUCUGAAUUAGAACAACCCACAGAAAACGGUCAAGUUGAUUUUAAAGCUAUUUUAGAAAAUGUAAGAAAACAAAACGAGAGAUUAGAAAUAAAAGAUAAACGUCUUAGUAAUUUAGAACAAGGAUGUUCUGAAGUGUUGGAAAACAUGUCAAACACUCUCACACUUGGUGAUGAAAUGAUUGCUAAAUUAGAUAACCUACACAAUCCCAACAAAGUGGAAGAAGAAUACAAUACAUUGACAAACGAAUCAAACAAAAUUGAUAUGGAUUCAGAUACAGAGAGCAAACCGUCUACAAGUAACGAAGAACCUUCGUCAUCACGAGAAAUAGAUCACGAAGCACGCUUCGCAGCACGUGACCUUCGACUGAAAAGAUUGGAAGAACAAACAAAAUCACUGGUAAAGAAAGUCAACAAAACAGCUACAAAAGGCGUUAAAAUAAAUUACAAAUUAGAAGAACUACAUAACAUAUAUGGGUCUGAACACUCGCGAUCCGGCACGCCCUCAGAAGAUACCGAAGAUAUAUCGCAAAAUGACGAAAACUCAAACGAAUAA